UCCACUGCGAAUUGAGCCUGAAGUCUAGACACCUGGGGGCCAGGCCCAGGCAGAUUAAGAGGUGUAAAUGUCUUGGGGUCCAAAGUGUUACUGUUGGCGGCAGAGCGCGCCGGUCCUGCCCAGGGUCCACUCGGUUCUGGGCAGCGAGGGGCAAGUUACCCUUGGAAUUCCUCAGUCAGCGUCUGCGAGUCUGUGCUUCAAAGCUGUUGGCUCCUGCUCGGUGGAUGUGUCGUAGAUAAGUUUCUUAGGUUGCUUGUAGGCCGGCAGUGGACGUCUGGGAAUACCAGCUUUGGUAAAUCAUGGCGAAUCCACGAGCCGCGCAAUGGAGGAACCACACAGGAAUCACUAGGCCCGUCCUAGACAGCACAGUGGUACUUACAUCGCGGCCGGCGUGGACAGAUCACAGCACAUAUCUGGUGCAGCAACGUGAGCAAUGCAUAGCGGCAGCCGACAAUGAUCCCUCCUCUCCCAGGCCGUCGUUGGAAAAGGCUCCGCCUCUGCACCAGUUGCUCAGUAUUGCCGACUUACAAGAGAGCGCCCUUCGCGUGCUCUCCCCAAAGGCGAUAUCGUACUACGCGUCAGCGUCUGACGAUGAAAUCACCAAGCACGCAAACAGCCGUAUCUUCCAGUCGAUCCUGCUACGGCCCCGCGUCUUCCGAGACUGCACGUCUUGUUCCCUGAGCACAACCAUCGUCGGCAACAAGGUGGGGAUCCCGCUUUUUGUCAGCCCGGCAGCGAGCGCGCGGCUGGCACACCGGGAUGGCGAGACAGGUAUCGCCCGGGCGUGUGCGAGAUUUGGCGCGCUACAGGUCAUCAGCCACAAUGCCUCUAUGCGUCCUGCAGACAUCGUCAACUCAGUCAAUACCAGAACAUCCAUGAGUGACGCCGCCUCUCCUUACGGGCAUGAAAGCAACCUCCCCCCCGUCAGCUUCGCCUGGCAACUAUACGUCCUUAAAGACCUGGCCACGAGCGAGCGCAUCCUCGCCGAGAUCAAGAAGCUGCCGCAGAUCAAGUUCAUCGUGCUCACCCUCGACGCCCCGUUUCCUGGUAAACGCGAGGCCGACGAGCGCCACAAGGCACGGGACCUGAGAACGGGCGGCGCGCAGGCACAACCGCAAGUCUGGGGCACCGAGGCCGGGCUGACAUGGCACAAGACGCUCUCCUGGCUGGUCCGGCACACGGACCUGCCCAUCGUGCUCAAGGGCCUGCAGUCCUGGGAAGACGUAUACCUCGCCGCUUCCCUGGCCGAACCACAGCAAGGACAACAAUAUCCAUUCUCGGGGCGGCUUAGAGGUGUCAUCCUGUCGAACCACGGCGGCAGGGCUCUCGACACGACCACAACGCCCGUGCACGUGCUGCUCGACAUACACCGCUUCUGCCCGGAAGUGCUCAGCAAGCUGGACAUCCUGAUCGACGGGGGCAUCCAGAGGGGAACCGACAUCGUCAAAGCCCUCGCCCUCGGCGCGAAAGCCGUCGGGAUAGGCCGGGCGGCGCUGUAUGGGCUCGCUGUCGGCGGCGAGGACGGGGUGGCCAGGGCAUUGGAAAUCCUCGCAGAAGAAACCACAACGGCAAUGAAACUCCUCGGCGUCACCUCGCCGGACGAGCUCAGGCCCCACCACGUAAGUCUAUGCAGCCUUUCUUCCCAGCUCACCCGGGCGGUCUUUAUCCAUUUUUGCUCUCGGGGUAGACAAUAGUCUGGCCGCUCCGAUGCCACUUUUGCGGCUCCUCCACGGCAGUGUGAGCAUGUGCAGUUUUGAAAGAUG